GUAGUUUAUGGUCAACGUCGCAAGUACAUCCUCAAUCUGAUCGCCGAUCUGCAGUCAAAUCUGAUGUGUGGUCAGGCAAGAAAAUCGAAAGAAAGGAAAACGAAAAGAAAUCAUCUCGAUUUUUAGACGCAGUUUGGGAGUAAGGAAACUCAAAAUAAGACUGAAAUUUUAAUAUGUUUAGGGUGUUUCUUUUAAGAUGCAUCAACUUGCCAUGCUUGAAGGGUGCCGUGCUGGGCUUAGUCAUUGCAUUGGCCAUUACAGCGAUUCUUUUAGGUGUUACCUUUGGUGUCUUGUUGAAACGAAAUCAAGCAGGCAAGUGGUUCCGCGUGAAUGAUAUAUUUCUGAGCACACGGAACUGAUUCUAAAUAAUAGUUUUCACUUCGAAGCCAAAGAUGUUCUUUUCGAAAGGUGGGUUAAGAAAUGAAAUCAUUAAAAUGUUCGGGGGAAAGCUCAAAUGCAUUGUAGAAACUUUCACAUCAUUUCGGAUUUUAUGUAGUGAUCAGCGACGUUUCCACAACUUCAAGCACAUUAUCCGUUUCGACCAUUUUAUCAACUUCGUUCACAACCACUAGUAAGCUUUAUUUUAAUUUUCCAGAAAUUUCUGCAAUACAUAAAUCAGAGAAGGCAGAAAACCGACACAGAAACAAUCCAUUUUUAAUAUUAGAAAAUCAUUCCUUAGUGGAACAAAUGCGACAGUUUGAGCUUAAUACGAAAAACUAAGUCAAUCAUAAGGUAUUUUGAUAAUCACAUUAUUGUAGAAAGUUUGUUUGAAACUGUCGCCCUACAUUUGGUUAACCAAAAAGGCCAAUUGUAUUAGAAAAAUUCUAAGCUUCUUAUUUUCUAAAUUCACCGUCUUACGGAAAAAAACAACGGUCUAUAAGGUUUACGAGGAAACAUAUCCAACUGUUACCUCGAGUAUUCAGCCAAAGCCGUUGGAUUAUAGGUAAUCGACCACGCUGAUCCGGAAAUUGUACAUGAAAGCUCCCACUAGGCCUUAAAAUAUCCGGUUUUCUAGAAAACUGGUAUUUCAGAAACUCUAAAAAAGAACCAAAACCUUUCUUAACGAGGCAUAAUUGCAGCACGUACAUUUCUGAUUAAAACUAGAUGUCUCCAAACUCUAUAUGACCUGUCUUUGCAAAGUUAUAGAAUUUAUUAGAGAAGCCCUAAAUGUUAAUCGUCAGUUGCAAGCUACAGAAAUAAGAAAAAACUAAUUUAGGGCUUUUCUUGUAAAUUCUCUAACUUUGCAAGGAAAGGUCGUGUAGAGCUGGGAGAUGUCUCAUUUUAACCAGAAAUUUGCCGGCUACAAUUAUGUCUCCUCAAGAAAAGUUUUGAUUGUUUUUUAGAGUUUCUGAAAAACUAGUUUUCUAUAAAACCGGAUCUUUGAACGCCUAGUGGAAAUUUUCAUGUUUAUAUUCGGAAUCAGCGUGGUCGGUUACCCAUAACCCACCGGGUUUGGUUGAAAAAGUAUGGUAAUAGUUGGAUAUGUUUCCUCGUUUGUUUUAUCUAGGUUUGUGCGUUUUAUCGUUUGAGAAGGGCUUCGGCAAAAUCGAAAGCUGUGCAUGCUGUUGAUUUCGGAAUUGUUGUUAGUUUUGUCUAAUUUGCAUAAAUCAGGUGAUUAUAGUUUAGUAAAAAUUUCUUUUUUUAUUUUCCACACUCAUUCAGUGAAAGUAGAGAAAAUUCUUUUUGAAAAAAAUUACAAUACUGGAGUACGUAAUAGAUUAUUACUUUUAAAAAAGAAAUUUAUAUUAUUUUGAUAAUAAGAAUGGUUCUGUAUCAUAUACAAUAGAAAGAAUAGAAAUUAGCUUAAGAAUAAAAUUGUUUAUCAAACGAAUGCAAAGAGAAGCAAAGAGAAUUGCUUGUUCUCUUUCCUUUCUGAAUGUGUCCCUAUAUCCCACGUACAGAUUGCUAUAUGGGAUAUUAAAAAGAAGCAGAUAAAGCGCUACACAUUAAAGCUCUAUUCGCCUUGUGUUUAUGUAUCCUGCAACAUAUCAAUUCUUGUUUCUUACUUCAGUCACUCUUUCAAAAUUGCAACAUUUCUUUCCAAUAACUGAAAAGCUUAUCGUCGCCAUGUACAAUGAUGAAAUCAGCAAGUUCAGUUACCCAGAUAUAGAAUCUUUCUUUUAUGGUCGAAGAGGAAACGGAUUAAAAUACAAUGCAAUAUAGCGAGGAAUUAAAGUUCGUUUUUAUACGGAAAGGGGUUUUUCAAUUCAUCCCGAAUUAUAUGAGUUUUCAAAAGGAUUUUCGAACCGUUUGAAGUUUUCUAGCAUACGCGUUGUUUUUAGGCUGUACUCAAGUAUUGGACAAUUCGUCAUUAGUGGCAUACUUUUCAUUUGAUAAUGGCUCAUUGAGCAAUGCAGCUGGCUUACCAAAUUUCUAUCCUCACGCUACAGGUCAGACAACAAUACCCGGUCAUCUUAACCAAGCAUUGUUAUUUAAUGGAACAACAAGUUCAUAUUUUCAAAUUAGUAAUGUGAGUGUAGUAGGAACAGUCAACCAACCGUUUUCAAUCUCCUUAUGGAUUAAGUCGGCUGCUUUAACUGGAACGAUUAUUCAUGUGUCUUUGACUUCAUUAGGUCUGGAUGGUUGGUGUUUGCCAUUUAUUGGUUUUGAUGCAUCAUCAAGAAUAAGUGAUCAAUUAUGGAAUGGUACAAUGGCUGUAGCUGCGAUUGGUCCAAUUCCUUCAGCAAACACAUGGAUCCAUGUUGUUCAAACAUUCAGUACAACAAACGGUUUAAAACUUUAUAUUAACGGAUAUUUCUAUUCAACUACGUCUUCAACAGUAACCCAAUUUAUAGCAAGUAGUUCAUCAAUGUACAUGACUAUAGGUAGCCCUCGAAGUGCUGCAGCACCUGGCUGUACAAUCACGAGCGUACUGCCAUUGAAUGUCUCUUAUUCAGGUAGUGUUGAUGAAUUAAAAAUUUACGCUAGAGAAUUAACGGCACUAGAUGUUUGUACACUUUAUGAGUAUUAUUAA